AUGCCUCAUUGCCUCCGGGCGUUCACCCCUACGAACACAAGUAGCACAGCAGAAAAGCCUAUUCUCAUUACAACAAUGGAUAGCGACAAUUUCGUAAACGCCGCAAUCGUUACACUGAAGAAUUUCUGGCAUUCCAAUUCCAACCAAUCCCCUCCGCACGUCCCACUAACAUCCUUAAUUCCAGUUAUCAAGCCGUGGUCCCUCAACCCACUCCCCCCUUGGCGAUUGCGACCUCGAUACAUCAAGACAGCACCAAUAUUGCACACGCUUGGAGGCACUGCCUUCUCAAAAGGUAGGCCAUCCGCUCUUCCUUCCGAAGCAGAGAACGCAAGACUCGUCGCCGAAAGGUUUGGUAAUUUGCGCAUAACUACCAUAAAUCGGAGUUUCAGCAUCCAGGAUCUUGAAGCUGGACACUACUCAACCCGCAAUAUAUCGCGAAUGCUUCGCAGAUCAAAAGGCUCAGAUCACUCACCGUCAACGCAAAAAUGUUGUCUUGUAGAUUACCAACAUGGGAAACCAGCUACACUCUCACUCCCUCUAUUAAGCCCUUUCAAAAUCGGCGACGUGAUCGAAGAAUGGUUUAACCACAAGCUACUCUUUUUUCCGUUCGCGUUCGAGCGCUUCCUAUUCUCGCACCAGGACAUUUCGGCUCCGAACAUUACUGUAACUUCGCUGGGCCAAGCGGAGCCCACGAUGCCUGCGUGGUGGCCUAAAGAGCCGACGCUGGAGGCGAAUAUGCACACACAUUUUCUCCCAGCCUCGGUCAGAUUCCAGGCCGCUUGCGGGCAUUAA